AUGGAUGCGGAAGGCCCGAAAGAAGGCGAGAAGAGCUUCGAAAAGUUGUUCAUCGAAGUCGAACAGCGGAUUCUCAAAACGCAUCCCUUAGAAGAUCGUGUCCAGGCAGUUCAUGAAGCGGCAGACUUAGUAAAGAAAGCGGACUCGAAGCAGAAACUGGCGACGGUGCAGCUUAUCGUCGAGCCGUUGCACAAUGCCAGCCCUCCUGCUUUGCGAAGGGCAGUGUUGGAGGCGAUCAAGUACGCCGUGACGACGGCUGACGAGGCCAGUCGCAAGUUCGUCGUUGGAGGCCUCUUCCUUGCUGUUGAAAAGAAGGCAAAAUCACUGUUGAGCACGGCGAACAGCCGAAUGUCCUGUUUGGAGUCGCUGGUCUGGAUUAAAGUACUUACGGAGUUGUGCAGCGCAUGCGGCUCGUUCUUAUCACCAGAAGUAGCGAAGAAGGCUGUUGCCAUUGGAUCUAAAUUGGCAACUUGCUCGGCGACGUAUUCAAAAGUAGACUUUUUUGACAGCCGAGUGCGGGAGCUUCUGGCAAUCAAGGCGAUAAAAGAAGCUGUCGUAGAAGAUUCUAGCGCGGUCGUGCUCCAUGCUUGGAUUUACAAAACUGAACAGCUGAAAGAACUCAAGUCCAGUGUGCUAAAAAGCGUGAACGAUAUUUUCCAGGAGAAGGCAAAAUCGACUCGGGGAGACUUGCAAAAGCUACAGUACAUUUCUACCGUUUUAGAAGUUGAAGAUGUGAAGGAGCUCGUGCCAACGAUGAAGAAAAUGAUGCUCCGAUCGCCGGAAGUCUGCUGCCCUAGAAUUCAUGCGAUCGUGAUGGGCUUCAAAAACGAUUUCUCAGAACUGGCGGCGGAUCUCCAAGAGCCGCUGCUAAAGUGUUUGGUUGGAAUGGACGUUGAAAAUGUCAAAAACUCGGCUGUUGCAUUGCAAAGGAUUUAUGAACGCAGUUCUAGCGCUCCCGCGAAAGUGGUUGAGCACAUUCGAAAAGUCUGGAAUGGCAAAGAAGGCAAAAUAACGAGCAACGGACAAAAAGUGGAAAUUCUCAAACUAUUUGGCUAUUUUGUGAAUGCGACGGAAGACACGAGAGUUUCUGCGAUUACAAAUCUGGUUCUAUCGGCGGAAAAAGAAAUUACUGAUGAAACGCUUGUUGUUGUCGGCAAUUCUCUCGCAGUCUUAUCGGAGAAGACGAAGAAUGAAAACGUCCACAAGACGAUUCUAGAGGCUGCAACGAAACAAACGAAAGGCACAGGAGCUGGUUUGAAUGUGUACCUUCGAGGUCUCUACCACCAAAUUUCGUCGGACAAUGUCUCCCUCUUCGAAGGCGCCGCUCAAAAAGUACUAACGACAUCACUAGACAAUAUAGAAAAAAAUCCUGCUGGCGGAUCGGCCGCAUUGCUCGUCAUGGAAGGCCUUUACCGAUUCGGUGGAUUUGCAGAGUUCCCGGACUUGAUCAAGAGUAAAUUGGAGAAGAUUGCCACAGCAAAGAUUUUGAAGAACAUCGCGUCGAAUCCAGCAGCGCUCGAGCUCUUCUCGAUUUUUGUAGUGAAUUAUUUCGGGUCUUCGACGCCUGGCGAUGAAACUAUCAGAGUUGCGCUUCUAUCCGUCUUAGUCAAGCAAGUUCUUUACGGAAGAUGGUCGGCUACUUUGAAAAAGUGUCUCGAUGAAAUGACAGAUGGAACGAAAUUCGCCGGCAUCUCGAAGGCUUUUGUCAACGAGCUCGCAAGUCCAAACUACAAACACGAUGAUCUUGAACUCUUUUCAAAAUCCGCAGUGAUGGCGAAAAUCAUCGUCAAACUUGCUCAGAAAAAUAACGCUACGGAAAUCGCUAAGGACCUUAUCACUUGGGCGACUUACAGUGCCAUGUCAAUCAAGCAUUGGACGGCCACUGUGUUCAAGCAACUGCCAAGUCUAGAGGAUAUACUCAUCGCGCAAUUCACCAAUCUUGCCUUAGACGAAGACCAUGACGAUAGCUUUUACAAAAAAAUUGGAAUCUUGGCUGGCGUUUCGGAGAAAUUCACGGCCCUUGUUCUCGAAAAAAUACUCUCAGGAGUGCUCAACGCGCCCGGAGAAUGGAAGGAGAUAACGCUCGAGCAAAUUAACAUUUCCUUGACACCUGAGGGAGAGCUUUACGAUACAUCUGUGAUUAAAGCGAAGGAGGAGAAAAUUGAUAAGAACUCGAAAAAUUAUGAAGAAGAGAAGUGGGCGCUCGAGCAAAAACGCAAAUUAGAGCUCAAACGAGGAACUGUCAAACUGAACAAAGCACAGCUGGAAGCCAAGACGAAACAGUUAGCCUUUGAAUCUGAAGUACGCACAGAGUACUCAUCCCGGGUGCGGACGUUUAUUAACUGUACUCGCGUUCUCGAUGCGAUUAUUUGUCAACAUGGGCGUAAGCUGAAGCCCAGCUUCACUAAAUUUGUCCCCGAAUUGUCUUCCAAGCUCUUCCGAAUGGUUGGCUACGAUAUCUGCUCGUCUGAUGCUCUGUCUAUGAUUUCGCGACUUGUUGAGCUUUGUGGUCGCGACUGUGCUGCCCCAAGUUAUUGCCACUCUAUUGUUGUGAUCUGUGCGCGUUUAGCUUCUUCUGAAAAUGUGACAAGCAAUUGGAAAGAAGAAAAACUGUCAGAUGCUCUUUCAAGAAAUCUUGACCUUUCUCCGGAAGAAGAUGCUAGAAAUCUUUCUGAGUGCUUUGCUGGCUGCGUUUCUGAAUUCGCCAAUAGAUGUCUCUCAAAAGACGGUGAUAAAGCAAUCACAGUUCUCAAAAAUUCGUUCGAAAGAUUGCCAAAACUGCAAGCAAUUCAAACUCUCACGGCUUUAGUCAAUCACAUGUCCACAUCAUCUCAUGCUUCCACUUUCGAAGCUUCUGAACUUGUCGUGCAUCUCGCUGGUUCGCUUCGGUUACGAGAAAUGAACUCGCUCGACACUGCUGUACCUCUAGUUGAUGGCUUUGCUUCUGAAUCUGUGUCUUGUCGAUCUGCUUGUCUCACCGCUCUCCAACAACUCAUGCCCGAGCACGGCAAAGAUGAAGAGAGCUCCAAGUUGGAAGAUUACCUUUCCCAUCGCGUCUACUCCUCGAGGCACUCAACAGAGAUGUCACUCAAGAUCCUAGCAGACCAAACAAUGGGAGAUCUCGAUUUAUUCCCACCAGAGGACUCUCUCAAGCGCCUCUGCGACGAUUGCUCGAGUGGAAUUUAUCAUCUUGAAAUUCAAGCCUCCAAAGCUCUUGCUGAGCUCCUCAGAACCGUUCCCAUUUCGGAAGAAGCAGAAGAUUUUGCAUUGCCAGAAGAAGUUUGCCAAGAAUCGUGCAACGAAGCAUUGUCAUUGUUGAUGGAUGCGUUUAAAUUCGAGUUCGAGGAAGCAGGGCCAAAGUAUGAUGAAGUUGGAAGACUUCUCAAAAACCGGGAAGAUCGAUCUGUGCGACGAUACGGUCUCGGAGCCGGUAUGAAAAUGAUCGCUAGUGGAAUUACUAGCGACAAAGCCAUGGAGCUUUUCCUUCUCCUUGUACCAGAUGCACUUAAUGAUUCGAAUGUCGACGUCGCCGCGGAAAUGCUCAACGUAGGAGUCGCAGCUGUCGAUACACACGGAAUGACUCUGAUGAAGGACAUUUUGACGCUUUUUGACAAAUAUCUCGAAGGUGGAAAGAGCCAGGGUGAUGCUGAUGGUGCUCGACAAUCAGUCGUUGUUCUCCUUGGACGAUUAGCCUCGCAUCUGCCAGUUACUGAUCCUCGAGUGAAACCUAUCAUCGGAAAACUUAUUGCUGCACUUAGCGUGCCAUCAGAAAUGGUUCAGAAAGCCGUUGCAAAUUGUCUUCCAGGCCUUGUUCCUGCUAUCAAAUCGGACGCAAAGAAUGUCAUCAACGGGCUUCUCUCUUUGGCACUAGAAUCAAACAACUAUGGCGAGCGACGAGGAGGUGCUGCUGGUUUGGCUGGUAUGGUUAAGGGUCUUGGCAUCUUAUCAUUGAAAAAGUACGAUAUCCUGAAGAGACUUCUCGCCGCUGUUCAAGACAAGAAAUCUGUAAUCAAACGCGAAGGUGCUCUCUUGUGUUUUAGUUCCCUUUGCUAUUCCCUCGGCCGUCUAUUUGAACCUUUUAUCGGCAAAGUGCUGCCUGAACUGCUUGAAUCAUUCGGUGACAAUGUCAAGUGUGUACGAGAAGCAGCAGAAGAAGCGGCUAUUAAUGUGAUGAAAUCAUUGAGUGCACACGGAGUCAAGCUCGUUCUCCCAGCUCUUUUGAAAGCGCUUGAAAACGAUACUUGGCGAACAAAAGUCGGUGGCGUUGAUCUCCUCGGUAUGAUGAGCCACUGUGCACCAAAGCAAUUGUCAAAAUGUCUCCCACAGAUCGUGCCCUACCUGAUCGAGGUGUUGGCUGACUCGCAUCCUAAGGUAUCAAAGGCGGGUCGCGAAGCUCUCGCACAGGUCGGCGAUGUAAUUCAAAACCCCGAGAUCAAGGCGCUGAGCAACUUCUUGCUAGAAGGAUUGGCCAGCCCGGCGCAGAAAAUCGCGCCCGCUCUGGUCGAACUCAACAAGACACGAUUUGUCCAUCAUAUUGAUGCGGCCUCGCUUGCCCUGAUUAUGCCCAUUGUGCAAAGAGCGUUCAACGAGCGCUCGGCGGAAACGCGCAAACUUUCCGCGCAGAUUAUCUCGGGCAUGUGUGCAAAGAACGCCAACUUGUGUACUGAGUCCGAUCUUCAACCCUAUUUGGGAUCAAUCAUGCCCGGUUUGAAGGGAACGCUUACCGAUCCUGUGCCAGACGUAAGAGCCACUGCAGCAAAAGCAAUCGGAAACGUCGUCGCUAUCUCCAGCGAUGGAUCAGUUACAGAUGGACUCCACGAGUGGCUUAAUGGUCUUCUUACAUCAGACUCAAGCGCGGUUGAUAGAUCUGGCGGUGCUCAAGGUCUUGCGGAAGUCAUGUUCGCCCAGGGCGUGGAGGAACUCGACGAGCUUAUUCCGAAGAUGAUCAAGAUGGCCUCCGACACCAGAUUAGCUCCAACUAUCCGAGACGGUUAUUGUAUGGCUUUCAUUUACUUCCCAGUUGUCUUCCGUCAACAAUUCUCCGAGUAUAUUUCCAAGAUUAUUCCAGCUCUCUUGGUAAACUUGGCGGACGAACAAGAAUAUCUUCGAGAUACCGCUUUGAAGGCUGGCAAGAAGAUUAUCCAAUUGUUUGCCGACAGUGCCAUCAAACUCCUUCUUCCUGAGCUCGAAAGUGGACUCUUGGAUGAAAACUGGCGUAUUCGAUUCAGCUCCGUACAAUUGCUUGGAGAUCUCUUGUUCCACAUCACUGGUAUUUCUGGAAAGAUGUCAUCAGAGUCUGGCGGAGACGAAAGCUUGGGAAGUGUGGAAACUCAGAAAGCGAUCAUCAACAAGCUCGGAGAAGACGUUUACAAUCGUGUUAUGGCUGGUCUCUACAUGUGCAGAAACGACAUUGCUCUCAACGUUCGAUCAUCUGCCCUCCAUGUCUGGAAGUUGCUCAUCAACAACACCGCCCGAACUAUCCGCGAGGUGCUUCCGAUCCUCAUCGAGCUUAUUCUCAAGAACUUGGCCUCCGAGCACGAGGAUAACCGUUCGAUCGCGUCGAGAACUCUCGGUGACUUGGCGAAGAAACUUGGAGAACGCAUCCUUCCUAAACUCAUGCCGAUCCUCAACAGAGGCCUCAAAACUGGCACUGACGAGCAGCGACAAGGCGUUUGCAUCGGUCUCUCUGAAGUCAUAUCCGCUGCUAGCAAAGAUAUGGUUGCAGUUAUGGCGGCAGAUGUUGGUCCUACUAUUAAACGUGCUCUUUCUGAUUCUAACGAGAACGUUCGACAGGAAGCAGCCUGUACCUUCGAUGUUCUUCAUAAUAAGCUUGGCUCUCAGGCAGUUGAAGAAAUUAUCCCUCACCUGGUUGGUUUGCUCGACUCUCAGAGAAACGAGCGAGCGUACGCCCUCGAUGGUCUUAGAAAAGUACUCGUUUCGAAGGGACGCUCUGUUCUUCCUGCUGUUCUUCCAAAACUCACAGAACCUCCUGUUAACUGUGCAACUCUUUCCUCUCUUGCUGCUGCUUCCGGCGAGCAUUUGAGUCGAUACGUUGAUCAGGUUAUGGAGGCAUUAAUUGGAGCUCUUGCCGAUGAAGAUUGCUCUGAAGAGAAGCUCAAAGAAUGUACCAUCAUUAUCGAUGAAGUUUCGGACGACUACGGUGCCUCACUCAUUCUCAGCGAGAUCCUCGAUGCAACGAAAGAUGAAGACGCAGGUCGACGAACCGCUGCAGCGUUGCUCACAAAAGAGUUCGUCACGCGUACUGAAGCCGACUACUGUGAUUAUUACGGUGCUAUGUUCAGGGAUAUGCUCCAGCUUAUGACUGAUGCUCCUGAAUCCCCUACGUUGGAGCUUGCUUGGGAUUCUCUGCAAUUCGUUGUUAAAAGAAUGGACGCAGAGGAGUUACAAAAUCAUCUGGCGUCGCUGAGACAAGCAAUCUCUUUCAUCAAAAAAGAACUUGACUCAGAAGGCCAUCUCCCCGGCUUCGGUCUUCCUAAGAAGGGAAUCAACUGUCUCGUUCCUCUUUUCAAGGAGUGCAUUCUCAACGGCGGCCCUGAGGUCAAAGAACAGUGUGCCCAGUGCAUGCAAGACGUGAUUUCGAUGUGUCCUCCAGCCGCGAUAAAACCUUCCAUCAUUGGUAUCACUGGACCACUCAUUCGAGUACUUGGAGAUCGAUACGGAUGGCAAGUGAAAGUGCCACUCAUAGCAUGCCUUAAUCUACUCCUGAGCCGCUGUGGACUUGGACUCAAGGCCUUCCUUCCGCAGCUGCAAACAACAUUUGUCAAGGCGAUGCAUGACGAGUCCCGCGAGAUUCGGUUUUCCGGCGCGGAAGCCCUCGGCAAAUUGGCAGUGCAUAGUACGAAAGUGAUUCCACUCACGACCGAGCUCAAAAACGCCAUCGAAAAGUGCUCCGAUCCAGAAUUCUACACUACUUACUGUCACGCACUGCGUCUCGUUGUCGAAUCUGCUGGAAAGAAAGUCACAACUGAGCUACGAAAUGAAAUUAUCGAACUUAUGGAGGAAAACAUUCGACUUGAGGAUGAGAAAUCGCGACUUUGCUCGGCUGGUGUGUUGGGUGCUUGCGUUGCAGGUCAUGAAGAUCCUGAAGUUGAAGCCCUCGACGACUUGCUUGAUGUUGAUUGUGUUGGACAACUCGAAGCGCUUUCUGUUGUCAUGAAGCUGAACCCAACAAUGCUUCUAGCGAAAGAAGACAUCGGCCAACUACUGAUUGCAAACGUGAAGGUAGCAAAAGAGAACGCGCAAGCGGUUGCGUUGACAGCUGCAUAUGCUGUCAAGCACUUUGAUAGCGAAUCGUACCCUGGCUUCCUGCAUAAAGUUUUGAAAGAGUUGAUGGUUGCAGGACCAACAGAAGCGCAGCAAACAUUAGGAAAUGCGUUAGCAUGGACACAGAAGCCGAUGGAAGAAGCAAACACAAGUCUCUGUCAAUAUGUCGUUGUCGGUUGCAAGAGUCUCGACUUGCAAAUAAAGUCUGCAUUUGAAACAUGUUUGACGGUGAUGUCGAAAGUCCGAGAGAGUGACCAGAAACUCGAAGAUUUCUUGGCGCGUUGCCCCUCUGGAAAAGACAACACCUGGAUCAACGAGUUCUGUCGCACUGGUGGAAGACUUAGAAGAUUGGCUAUCACUACUCCAGUGAUAAAACAACCAGAUGUUACUCUGCUAUUGGAAUAA